AUGGAUUUGAAUGCUAAAUAUUACGAAGGUUGUGGCCAAGAAGGGCCUAUUCGUUGUAUAUUCUUGUGUGAAUUCCAUCCUACAGCUGGACCUAAAAUCACUUGUCAAGUGCCAGAUAACUACAUAUCCAAAGAUAUUUUCGACACAGUUAGCCACUAUAUAAUACCAAAAGUUCAAUUACAGAGAUGCACUUUGACAGUGACUUUAUUGGGCUCCAAAAUCCUCGGGUUCCCGGUGAGGAUAGACAACAAGAAGUACGCGAGGAACGCGUUCUAUUUCAACCUGUGUUUCGUGUGUGACGCUUGGGCUAGAACUGUGCACCUGGAGCCGCUUGUAAAGAAAUUAACAGAAUAUCUCCUGUCCAUGGAGUUGGAGACCGAGUGGCUGUCCAAACAGUCUACCUCUGGCGAGGCCAAGGCACUGAACGUUUUGAUGAGGCAGGUCAUGCAAGACAUUAACAGCAGACGGAUGUGCACACUUACAGUGGGUACUACGACGACGCACUUGACAGUGGUGCGGGUGAACAGUGACCCGGCGCCGGUGAAGGACCACCAAGUGCCCGUGUUCCUCUACAGCAGGCACUCGUUCGUGGCCGACCAGUGGGACCUCACCACUAACCAAAUAUUACCGUACAUAGACGGUUUCAACCACGUAUCGAAGAUAGCAGCACUCACAGACGUGGAGAUCAGUCUGGUGCGCGCAUGCGUCCAGAAUCUAGUGUACUACGGUGUGGUCACCCUAGUCCCCAUAUUCCAGUACUGUGCCGUGUACAGUGCGACACCAAAGUUAAGACAACUGACGAGGUGUCCGGGCUUACAACGGCAGUGUGUAGAGUUCUGCGCUAGAUCGUCGCGACAGCUGCCAAAGGUGAGUGAUCUGUUCCGUAUGUACGCGGGCAUGACGUAUGGCAGCACCGUGCGCGACCUGUGCCGGCGCAUGAGGCCGCAGGAGCUUGCAAUCAACGAGCGGAAACUUGUGCUGUUCGGCGUACUCGAGGGACUGAUCCGUCGCGUUUACAAGUAUCCAAUCACGCUUCAGAACGACGACGCGUCGUCGACGUUGAGCGAGAAUAGCCAAUCACCGGCGCGGUUAUACACCGGCCUCGUGUGUCUCGACGAAUUAUGCUGCCAGGGGGGUAUCUCGCAGCCACAACUAGAGGAACAGUUAGAGCGAGACAGCAAUGUUGUCUAUAUUGUCAAAUGA